GAGACUGAGUUACGCGCGUUGUCAACGUCGUUUAUUUUUUAAUUAUUGAUGAUUUGGUUAAUUGAUGGUUGGGUUGGCGUAGGAAGAGGAGCAAACAAAACAAAAGAAAGAAAAAAAAAAAAAAGAAAUGAAGGGAAGGAAAAUGGCAAGGUCGCAAGACAGACUCCCCGCUUUUGCAAUGUUUUUCGAAGAAACUGCAACUGGGCCAGUCGCAUACUUCCAAGUUGGAAGACCAAAGACCAAAGACCAAACAAACACGUUUCUACUCUUAUGAAUUUCUUUCUUCCACAUUACACUUUACUUUUCAAAGUCUUUCUUUCUUCUCUAUCUCUCUCAUCAGCUAGCGCUUUGAGUCUCUGCUUCUCUUAGAUACACAACUCAGCUCCCUUCAUGUUUUAUCAAUUCCAUUAUUUCGAUCUCACUCACUACCACGCAAUUCAGCUUUAACCAGUGUAGAAUGAAGAUCAUAAGGUCAAAUGCAGAAUUGAAAGCUGAAAUGCAGAAUUGAAAGCUGAUAGUUGUCUUCUAGCAUAACAUUCAGGUAUCUUUCUUAGAGGGAAAUGAGUUCAUUACACAUGGUCCUUCAAGCAAACCAAGAGCUUUCGUCCCUUUUCUGAAACUUGAAUGUUCCAGAUGAUUCCAUGAUAUUUUGAUCUCUACAGGCAUCUUUUUCUUAGCACAGGUAUUGGAGCGGUAGUUCAUAAUUUCAGUUCAGCUUCUUUCAUUGACAGGUGCCUUUAAGUUUUCUGUUCUUACCAGUUGGGACCUCUUGAAGCUAACAGAGGGUUUUCAAACUUUUAACGAAGGCCUUUCUUAUUUUACCAUAGGCACCUAAGAUUUAAGAUCUAAUAUAUGAUAAAUGGCAUUUUAUGAUAAAGAUGAGGUUCCUAUGCUGUCAGAUAUCCAUCCUCAAUCAUCAGAAAAUAAUAAGGAUUCUCGAUUUCAGACAUUUUUCUCCAGGACUCAGAGUGCAUCAAUUUCUAUCCCAAUGCACUCCAUAGAAUCCUAUGAAAAUACUAAUCUUGUAGGGCAUACUGGUCCCUUGAGGAAUGAAAGAAAAACACCAUUUAUACAGAUGAGCGGGCCGCUAUAUAUAAGCCGUAAGCCUGAAAAUUCUUUUUAUCUAAAUCAAAAUGCAGCAGGCCGUAAAAUGGUGGAAUCUAAGGCAGAAAAAUUUCCUUCUUUUAAUGGCAUGGAUGAAAAAGAUUGGUCAGAUAACAACUAUGUUGGCAAAAAUGAACAUUUACUGAGGUCUGGGCAACUAGGAAUGUGCAAUGAUCCUUAUUGCACUACUUGCCCAACAUAUUACAAUUUCAAAGCAGAACAACAGAAAAACUCAAAAGCUUCAGGUAUCUUUGAUGCCAAGUUCCAUAAUGCUCUCUAUGGGGAUGCCAAAGGAUGGGCUAGGAGAUUGAUGUCUUUUUUACACACUUUUGUUCCUGGAGUUAUGAAUCCUCAUGCUAAAGUUGUCCAACAAUGGAACAAAUUUUUUGCCAUUUCAUGCUUGAUGGCAGUUUUUAUCGAUCCAUUGUUUUUCUUCUUGUUGUCUGUGCAGAAGGACAACAAGUGCAUGGUCAUUAAUUGGCCUGCAACUAAAGCGUUUGUAGUCUUAAGGAGCAUGACUGAUUGUAUUUACAUUCUUAACAUGCUCCUUCAGUUCCGGUUGGCUUAUAUAGCUCCUGAGUCUAGAGUAGUUGGUGCUGGUGAGUUAGUUGACCAUCCAAAGAAAAUUGCUGUCAAUUACCUUAGCGGAUACUUUUUUCUUGACUUGUUUGUGGUACUCCCAUUUCCUCAAAUCAUGAUAUCAUUUGUCCUACCAAAAUAUUUGGGAUCAGAAGGAGCAAAUUAUGCAAAAAGUAUUUUAUGUACAGCAAUUCUUAUUCAGUACCUUCCCAGAUUGUAUAGGUUUCUACCUUUCCUUGCUGGUCAGUCUCCAAGAGGCUUUAUAUUUGAGUCAGCAUGGGAAAAUUUUGUCAUAAACCUUCUCACUUUUAUGUUGUCUGGCCAUGUUGUUGGAUCAUGCUGGUACCUCUUUGGAUUACAGAGGGUUAAUCAAUGUCUUCAAAAUGCCUGCUCUAAGUCUUACAUUAAAAAAUGUAUGGAGUUUAUAGAUUGUGGCUAUGGGCAUACUUCUAAUCAUUUUGAAUCACCAAGUUGGAAGAACAAUGCAAAUGUUUCUGCCUGUUUUACAAAAGAUGGAUUUUCUUAUGGAAUAUAUGGACCAACAGUCAAUCUAACAACAGAACGAAGUAUUGUUACCAGAUAUGUAUAUUCAUUGUUUUGGGGAUUCCAGCAAAUCAGUACUCUGGCUGGAAAUCAAACUCCAAGCUAUUUUAUUUGGGAAGUUCUUUUUACCAUGGCCAUUGUUGGACUGGGCCUCUUGCUUUUUGCUCUUCUGAUUGGAAAUAUGCAGAACUUUCUCCAGGCACUUGGACGGAGGAGAUUAGAAAUGUCACUAAGGCGUCGUGAUGUGGAGCAGUGGAUGAGUCAUCGACGCUUGCCAGCAGAGCUAAGAAGGAAAGUACGAGAGGCUGAACGAUAUAAUUGGGCUGCCACAAGAGGGGUAAAUGAGGAAAUGCUUUUUGAGAACUUACCUGAAGACCUUCAGAGAGAUAUAAGGCGUCAUCUCUUCAAGUUUGUUAAGAAAGUUCGCUUUUUUGCUAUCUUGGAGGAUCCUAUUUUAGAUGCCAUCUGUGAGAGAUUACGACAAAAGACCUAUAUUAAAGGAAGCAAUGUUUUGUCUCCUGGUAAUCUGAUUGAAAGGGUGGUUUUUAUAGUGCGAGGGAAAAUGGAAAGUGUCGGAGAAAAUGGAAUCAAAGAUCCCUUAUCUGAAGGGGAUGUUUGUGGUGAAGAACUACUCACGUGGUGUCUUGAGCAUUCUUCAGUAAACAGAGAUGGGAAGAAAAUCAGGAUUCCUGCACAGAGAUUGCUUAGUAACCGAAAUGUUAGAUGCCUGACAAAUGUUGAAGCAUUUUCCCUGCGGGCUGCAGACCUAGAAGAAGUUACCAGUUUGUUCUCUAGGUUCUUGCGCAAUCCUCGUGUUCAAGGAGCCAUCAGGUAUGAAUCUCCCUAUUGGAGAAGCCUUGCUGCCACUCGUAUUCAAGUAGCAUGGAGAUACAGGAAAAAAUGUCUUAAUCGUUCUAACACCUCUCAAUCUGCCAAUCCUUUGGGAUAGUGUUUUGGCUUUUACACUGUAGAAAUGCUAAACAUUGAAUCUGAGGAUUUAAAUUUUGAAGGCAUCCAAGUAGUUUGACAUGAUUGGCUUCAGACAGGUAAAGGCUCUAUAUCUAUGUAUGAAGAACGAAUUCCCCUCUGGACUGUUGAAGUUUCUUUCAUAUUACCAUAAAUUUAUGCCCACCCCAACAACUAAAGGCCAUGGGGUAAGAUGCUGUUGUUGGUUUUGAAUUGUGAUUGGGUAAACACAGCAAUGAGAAGGCAAUUCAGAGGCUUGGAUUGUGGCCUUAACGGAUACACUGUAUUACCUUAGGCAUGUCAAGCAAAGAAAUCGUUAGAUUGACCACCCAACGACUCAUUGGGCGUUUGUGAAUUCAUUAAAAAUUUUGUAAAUAUUAGGCGCCUUCUCAACCUCGAUGCGUUUUACUCAUUGUAAACCCCUUAUUUGGGGUUAUUUUCAAAUCUCAAAUUAAUUUAAAUUGGGUUUUGGAUCUAAUCCAAUAGGGUUUGGAUUUAUCAUAGUUUUAAGCUCGGGUUAUAUUCUAGACCAAAAGCAAGCCCAUUUGCUUUUAUUGUUUUAUUUAUUUUUGCUUUUAUUAUUAUUUUGAAAAUGAAAAA